ACUCUGCUGCAUAAACUGAUGGCAAGAUUCAUGGGUUACAAUCAAAAUCCUCAAAUGUUGGCUCUAUGCAUAACAGUAGCAGUAAUGUUUCUUGGUGUGAGAUCAGAUCUGAAUCAGGACAUAAAGGGAUGUCAGGAUGCCAUGUCUGAUCUCUACUCUUGUCUUCCUUAUGUCAGUAACAAAGCUAAAGCUCCAGACUCAACAUGUUGCAGCAAACUCAAGGUAAACAUAGACAAAGGGCAGACCAAGAGAUGUCUUUGUACUCUUGUCAAAGACAGAGAUGAUCCUGGUUUAGGGUUCAAAGUUGAUGCCAAUCGUGCAAUGAGCCUCCCUUCGGCUUGCCACGUCCCUGCAAAUAUCUCAAAAUGCCCAGAGCUUCUACAUUUGCCUCUAGAUUCACCAGCCUCUCAGAUAUUUAAGCAAUUCACUGAAUCCUCUCAGAAUGCUGAACAUAAAGAUAAAGCUGUCUCCAAAAGUUCAGCAAGCAUCAAAGGACGUGCUAAGAAGCAAUUUGGUAUAGUGAUGGCUAUAGCUCUCUCAAUCCUCUGUAAUCUGAGCUAAUAAAAAAAACACAUCCAAAACCAUUAUCUAGCUGAAGCAGGUGUAUCAUGGCAUGUUAAUAAAACAAAACUUAUUGUUUUUAAAAAAGUCUGAUUAGAGAUAUACCGAGAGAUUACAACUCUCUGAAGGAUGUCAUAUAACAAAGAGUUACUUAGUUUCCAUGUAAACAUGUUUCACAGAAACCCUUUUGAAGAAAAACAAAGAAAGAAAGCUAAAACAGCACUUUACGAACA